AUGGAUGAUAAUCAAAAGUAUUUGCUACCGUUUGCGUUUAGCAAAGCAUCGUCUUUUAAUGACCACAAUAGUCUCAAUACAACCCCAAGGCAUAGAUCGGAAAUUGACGAAAAUGCUAGCAGCUUUUACCACACACGCAAUACAUCAGAAUUAAAUCUGCUGACUGUGAAAAGACCAAGGCCCAAAUUGAAAACCAACCCGCCAUCACUUAAACGGCGAAUGGGUGAGAGUUUUAAUGACAAGGACGAUGUGAAAAAAUUGGAUUUUGGUAAUAGACAAUAUUUUGAGACCCAACCUAGAUCAAGGUGCCGAGAAAAUGAUUUUUACGAGAGAGGCAACAACAACAGCAAGGUCGAAAUAGAAGACGAAGGAGGCGAAGAAGGAGUGGGAGUUGACAAUGACAAUGACAACGAUGAUGAUGAAGAGGAAAAAGAAGAGGAAGAGGAAGAAGAAGAAGAAGAGGAAGAAGAGGAAGAACCUACAAUGAUUGAUUCAUCUGAGCGCGAACCGAACCCAAUAUUGCCUCCUAGCAGCCCUCCCAACGAUAAUGAUUACAGCAGCCCCAACCCGGCUCCAUUGAUGUCUGAAUUUGAUUUUUGGACAAAUCCAACCACAAGUUUUCAAGUACCCAAAUCUCCAAAACAACAACAUCAACAACAACGACAACAUGCAACGGAACUGAAAACUUCUCCUCAUAAGCCAAUUAGCUCGGAUGCUGAUUUUGGAAUUGAUAGAUUCAACAGAUUUAGAGGCAGUUUCAAUGAAGUGAAGUCAAAAAAUAAGAACCAAAAUUCUUUUUCAACCACAAGUGAUGCUGGACGUGAUAAAAAAGCAGGGCCAGGAAAAAGAAAGGGGAUUGAAAAAAAUGCCAAAAACUUUUUUGGAGCAGCAGAAGAAGAAAAUGUUGAUGAUAAGGAUGAGGAUGAUGAGGAUGAUAAUACGGAUGAUGAAGCAACUAGAAUAGCUCGAACAAGAGCAUUUAACAGAGCGAGAGAUAUACUUCUUGAUGCUUUCGAAAAUGCACAAACAGUGAUAGAUUUAAACUCUAUGGGGUUGGACCAAGUCCCCGAUGAAAUCAAAGAUUUGAACAAUUUGGUCAUCAUUCCAGGGCUCACUACCGGAUUCAAUUCUUUGGUUGAAUCUCAGUACCAGCUAUACCUCACUAAUAAUAGUAUCUACGAUCUUGCUCCUUCGUUAUUCAAAUUUACCAAAUUGCAGGUGUUGUCAUUAAGGCAAAAUAAACUCACCUCUAUCCCGCCACUUAUUGCCAAUCUAGCAAAUCUAAGUGACUUGUCAAUCAGUUCAAAUAGAAUUGAAUUUCUACCCAGCCAAGUGUUAAACCUACCCAAAUUAAAAAAUCUCACUACGGGACCUAACCCAUUUAUCAAAGUACCUGAGGAUGCCAUAAUAAUUCCAAAAAAAGAAAACAAUGAUGAUUCAUUUUUGUCAGUUCUGACACUGCAUACGCUGUAUUUGCUGCCACUGUCACACCUGCAAGAACUGCAACUGCAACUGCAACCGCAACAGCAGUUUGCCCCAUCACUGUGCGCUGCGAAAGCUCAAAUAAGAGCAAGAACCACAAUUAAAUACUUGACCACGAAAACUAGAAAGGUAGUUUCUCUCCGAUCAUUGUGUCUCAAUGUUAUAGCCAAGUACGAUGUUUCAUACCAAGAAACACAAAUAUGGAAGAAAUCUACUCCCAAAAUAUUUCAUAGUACUAUUGCAAAAGCUAUUAGAAAAGGUAAGUUUAUGGACAAGUGCAACGAGUGUGACUUGAUAGUUGUUGAGCCAAUGGCAGAAGUUAUGGAAUGGUGGGAUAUACUACAGAAUAAAAAUGUCCCAAUUCGACGACAGUUUUGCUCUGACCAUUGUGUUCAAAAGUACUUACUAAAUAAAGAAGAAGCUAGUAAUUUCUAA